UUAAUCUUGUUUUGCAGUGCAGUUAGCAGAAGGCAGCUGCAGCAGCCUGGAAAUUACCAUGGAAGAGAUCCUGAAAAGAGAAUUGAAAACUUCGGUUCUGAAAGCCUUUGGGAGCUCGGGAGGAGGAUACAUUAGCCAAGGCCAAGGUUAUGAAACAGACAGUGGAAGAGUAUUUGUUAAAAUCAACCAUAAGCCUCAGGCUAGAAAAAUGUUUGAAGGGGAAAUGGCAAGUUUGGAAUCAAUUCAGAAAACCAAUAUUGUGAGAGUGCCUCAGCCUAUUAAAGUAAUUGACCUUCCUGGAGGAGGAGCAAUGUUUGUCAUGGAGUACCUAAAGAUGAAGCACCUCAACAAAUACUCUUCAAAGCUUGGAAAGCAGAUAGCAGAGCUUCAUCUUUAUAACCAGUCACUCAGAGACAAGUUGAGAAAGGAGGGAAACACAGUUGGUAAAGGAGCCAGUCACUCUGAGUUUCAGUAUGUGGAUAAGUUUGGAUUCCAUGUAGCCACUUGCUGUGGUUACAUACCACAGGUGAAUGAAUGGCAGAGUGAUUGGCCUUCUUUCUUUAUUCGUCACAGACUCCAGGCGCAAUUGGAUUUGAUUGAAAAAGAUUAUGGAGACAGAGAAGCAAGAGAACUUUGGUCACAGUUAAAAAUAAAGAUUCCUGAAAUGUUCCGUGAUGUAGAAAUUGUUCCUGCCCUCCUGCAUGGGGACAUGUGGGCAGGAAAUGUGGCUGAGGAUGACUCUGGGCCAAUUAUCUUUGACCCUGCUUCCUUCUAUGGCCAUUCAGAGUUUGAACUGGCCAUUGCUGGAAUGUUUGGUGGCUUUAGCAGCUCAUUUUUCUCUGCCUAUCACAGUGAAAUACCCAAAGCUCCAGGAUUUGAGAAACGAAAUAAAUUGUAUCAGCUCUUUAAUUACAUAAACCACUGGAACCAUUUUGGGACAGGAUACCGAGGGUCUACCCUAAAUCUAAUGAGAAAACUUUUAAAAUAAUCAGAUUGGUAUGAGAAAUAAUGACCCAGUCCCUUAAGUAAUUAGCAACCCAUGCUUAUCAGGAGUAAUACAAGGUAGAAAUCAAUGUUGAUGCUAAAACACUGGACAUAUAAAAGGCUCGGAAUAAUUUUGAGCCUUACUAAAUGUUGAGAGUGAUUGUGUAAUUUUUAACUCAUACACUGGCUUACUAGCACUGAUUCAUAUCCUGCUGAAGGAAAAGACUGCAUUGUUUAUGAAGUCUCCACUAGGUUGGAAAAGUAGCGUGACAGUCAGCCUAACCUUACUCUCCAUACAGAGUCUCACAUCUUAGCUGCUGCAUAUCCACAGUUGUUUGCAUCUUGCCACUCCUGCAGCAGUUCAUUAUUGAGAGUUACUGUGGUAGGAAUGUGGUACUGGAAGUAAUCACUGGUUUCCUAUCUCUCCCCUUUUUUAAUCUGUUUUAGUUUUUCCUUCCAUCUGUUUCCACCCCUUUUCCCAUUUAUGUUUGUUUUUGUUCCUUUCCCAUAUAAGAGCUAUGAUCCAAAAUCUAAAUCAGAUUCUAUGAAUCUUAAAAUGAAAACAUUCUCUUUUUGAUUUAAAGGUAAACAGGGCCCUUUCGACUGCUUUUGGCAAGCACAUAUAAUAGCAUUUCUAAUAUUUAUUUUAAUUUAAUGUAAUUUACUUGCAUGCUUUUGUUUUUCUCGCCAUAUGAGAAGUUCAGUCACAGUGGUAUUUCUUAAAAGGGACGUCUCUGGAAUUCCUUGUUAAUUAACUGUACAGUCAGAAAGUGAAUUGUCACCAACAAGUUUGACGAUGUCAUAUAGUUUUAAUAUGAUAUGUCAAUGUGUUGUACUAUGAUAAUAACACCUAAAUAACUGUAAAAACAGCAAACAGUAGGAGGGAGGUUUAGUUGUUUUCAUGACAAGAAAGUAUCUAUUUUGCUGCUGUGUCAGUUGGUGUUUGCUGUAUUUCAAUUUUAGAAAGUAAUGUACAGUAGGCAAAGCUAGUCUGUUCUGCCACUGCAGUUUUAUUGAACAGUGUCAAAUUGGAUAGCUUUAUACUGUUUUAUAGUAUUCCUGUUUUAUUUUUUUAGAAAACAUAGGCAAUGAGGAUGUGGGGAGAAAACUGUGCAACAAGAACACUGGCAUACAAUCUGAGCUAGAGUACAUUAACAAAUUAAUGUUUUUAAUGGAAGAAAGUGGUAAAGAAGGUAAAUGUAAGUACAGUCCAACAUAUACUUAUGUGAAUCAGGAUAUGUGAAUGAGAAUCAAAGGAACCUAUGUCUUUAGGAUUCAGAGGGCUGUAAUUACUAAUACCUAAAAUGUUAUAUUCAGAAAUGCUCAAAUGUUUAGACUUUCUAUCAGCUUUAAAUGGCUGUGCUAUAAAGAGUUCUUAAAAUUAUAUUUUGUAAUUUACACUAUUUAAAAAUAUUUUAGUUCUUUGUAAUAUAAUACAAAUAGUUUAAUUUUUUUACUUCCUUUGAAUUUGGGCUACAAUGAACGGGGUUAUAACACUUGAUACAAUUAUAGCAGUGGAGGAGUGGAAUAAUAGAGUGAGAAUACAGUUGAAAUUGUAGCUGACAGCUAGAAGAUUCAGGUCUGACUAAACAGCAAAGUGCAUGAAUACUAGUAUUAAUUUUUGCAAAAAUGCAGGUAUUGUGUUGCAAAGUACAUAUGAACUUAAGAAUUUUAAUUGUCCAAUAAAAUAAUUGCACUGCAGAAACUA